AUUCAUUCUUGAGUACAAAGGACAAAAUGCUUCGCCGUCAAGCUCGUGAACGUCGAGACUAUCUCUAUCGGAGGGCUCUGCAACUCCGCGAUGCCUCCAUCGCCGAGAAGCGAGCGCAGCUGAAGGAGUCGCUGGCCACUGGAAAACAACUCGACCCGUCGAUAGCAAAUGACAAGAGCCUCCGUGAAGACUACAAAUACGAUGAAUCACUACCAACAGCUGAUAAGAAGAACAAGGACUCCGAUCUCUUGGAUCUGGAUGAUGAAUACGCACUUACCUCCGGAAUCGUCGACCCCCGUCCCAUUGUCACAACUUCUCGCUCUCCUUCAGUUCGACUAGGAACCUUCGCUAAGGAAAUCCGGUUACUUCUUCCAACCUCAAUCCGUCUGAACCGUGGUAACCUGGUUCUCCCCGACCUCGUGUCGAGCGCAAACGCCGCAGCGCUCACUGAUAUGGUUCUCCUUCACGAACAUCGUGGUACUCCCACAGCGAUGACAAUAUCUCAUAUGCCUCAUGGACCGACCGCUAGUUUUUCUCUGCACAAUGUUGUUCUUCGUGCCGAUAUCCCCAAUGCCGCUCGUGGAACCGUAUCGGAGAGUUACCCGCAUCUGAUUUUCGAGGGCUUCCAGACGAAGCUAGGACUUCGUGUGGUGCAGAUUUUGAAACACUUGUUCCCCCCGCGCGAGGCUGGAAAGGUUGGAAACCGCGUCGUUAGCUUCGUCAACAAAGAAGAUAGUAUCGAGGUCCGACACCACGUUUUCGUUAAAACCGGAUAUAAGGAUGUCGAGCUGGCGGAAGUUGGACCACGGAUGACCAUGAGAUUAUUCGAGAUUAGAGGAGGCUCCCUGGAGAAAGGUUCUAGUGGUGAUGUCGAGUGGGCACUCACCCAAUACACAAGAACUUCCAAGAAGAAGGAUUAUCUUUAGACAGUUUCAUCUUGUGUGUUGAGAGGGGGAAAAGUUUUUGGGUUGGCGCAUAUGGUGUUUGGGAGCAUUCCAUCAUUCCGCACUCCUGGUGACUAUUGUAUACCCAUCUGGAAUAAAAGAAGUACAUUUUAGUGUAUGAUUACGAUGAAAAUAUUUAUCUCAUAUGGUAUUCGGCAAGUCAAUUUCCAGCUCAUGUAACUAG